CAUCCAUUACGCUACGUUGGAAUAUUUGCCGCUACAACACCGUUUACUUAUAGGCCGCAUGACUUCACUCCCCAUAUCCUGCAACAGCAAGCAAAUCACAAUGGGAUCUAAAGAUGAUCAAAACCUCAAAAUGCUCUUCUUCCCCAUCAUGGCACAAGGCCACAUGCUCCCCAUGGUCGACAUGGCCAAAGUAUUCGCCCUGCGCGGCGCUGCUGUCACCGUCGUAACCAUCCCGGGGAGCGCCACCCUCAUUCGCCCAACCAUCGACCUCUUCAAUUCCACCGCGAGCUCCCCCAUACACCUCCGCCUCAUCUCUUUCCCCUCCGCCGCCGAGCUAAGUGGCAACAUUUCUUCUCUUCCCCCUCUCGUCCAAUUGCUCGUGUUUGCCAGAGAUGCCGCCUUGCUCAGCGAACCGUUCGAUCACGUCCUCAAAGAAAUCCACCCCGACUGCGUCAUCUCCGACAUUUUCUUGCCGUGGACUAACGAUGUUGCUGCCGAGAAUGGCAUUCCGAGGAUCUCUUUUAUCGGUUCCAAUUUCUUCGCGCUGUGCGCCGGCGAUAGCAUCGAGCGGCACCGAGUUCUGGAGAGCCUGCCGCCGAAAGAAGAGACCUUUGUCAUCCCUUCCCUACCACAUCGCAUCGAGAUGCUCCGUUCCCAAGUUCGGGACCCCAGCAAGCAGAACCCUUCGAUGACCCCAUUUAUGGAGGUCAUCAAACGCGCGAAAAUGGUUGAUUCGAAGGACUACGGGAUGUUGGUGAACAGUUUCUAUGAGCUGGAGCCGGACUACGUCGAGCACUACAGAAAGGUGUUGGGGAAGAAAGCAUGGCAUGUCGGCCCUGUUUCGCUCUGCAACCAAGAGGGGUCUGAUAAGUUAAUAAGGGGAGGAGGAAGCAAAGGAGGUGAAGAAUGCUUAAAGUGGCUUGAUGGAAGAAAGCCGGGAUCCGUAGUGUAUGUGUGCUUCGGUAGCGCGGGUGAUUUCACUACCGCACAGCUGAGGGAGAUGGCCGUUGGGCUUGAGGCUUCGGGCUCUCCGUUUGUUUGGGUGGUGCGGAACGCCGGCGAGGAAUGGAUUCCUGAAGGUUAUAAGCAGAGGAUUGAAGGUAGAGGUCUUAUAAUCGAAGGCUGGGUGCCGCAGUUGUUGAUACUGAACCAUGUGGCGGUGGGCAGCUUCGUGACGCACUGCGGAUGGAAUUCAAGCUUGGAGGGGAUAGCAGCGGGGUUGCCGAUGGGGACAUGGCCGCUCUACGCGGAGCAGUUUUUGAAUGAGAGGUUGCUGGUGGAUGUGCUUAAGAUUGGCGUGGAGGUGGGGUCAAAGGUGCAUGAUUUUGCGUCGGAGGAGCGGCCAGUGGUAGAAGCAGGGAGUUUGGAGACUGCGGUGAAGAGGUUGAUGGGGGAGGGGGAGGAGGCGGAGGGAAGGAGGAGGAGGGUGAGAGAGCUUAAAGAAAUGGGGAGGAAGGCGGUGGAGGAAGGAGGGUCUUCGUAUAAUGAUGUUGGAAAUUUGAUGCGGGAGCUGAUGGAGAGGAAGGCGCGUGUUUAAAAGCUUAGCUGUUUCAUGGUGCUAAGUAUUGUCUGUUCAAAAAUGCUAUUUUGUGGGCUAUAAACGUAGAUCAUUUAUAUUUGCGA